AUGAUUAUAUCCAUGGACAACUCAAAUAAACCUCAGGAAACAAAUUCAAAUACCAUUGUAUUUGAUAUCUCGAAGAGUACUAACUUCUCACUCAACGAUGGCUACAGGACUUUACAACGAAGACUUAAAACAAGUGGAUGGAAAGUGAGCAGUAACAAAGAAGAGAUCACAAGUGAAAUGUUAUCGCAAUCGACUUUUAAACAUUUGAGAAAACAUAUACAAAACGGCGGAAAACUAUUUGUUAUGUUAGGAGAAGGAGGAGAACGAAAAGCCGGAACUAAUGUCAACUUUUUGUUAGAAGAAUACGGAAUCUCUAUAAAUAAUGGCCAUUAUGACAAUAAAAUUGAUACUGUGGUUCGAAGCGCUUAUUAUAAGUAUUAUCACCCGAAAGAGGCACAGAUAGGGAACGGCAUUCUCAACAGAGGAUUACUUCAGAGCGCAAACAAACUCCAGAAACUUAAUAACGGAGAAAACGACGACACGAAUCAGAUCCAGAAUAUCAGUUUCGUUUAC